AUGGCAGGGUCCCCAUCUUCUCAAGACCUUUAUCAUCUCAGUACCAGUCCCCGGGUUCUUGAGGACUGUGAUCGAUGUGUUUUGAGCGACAAGAGAUUGUUUUACCUGUAGUAAGUGCCUAUUGUUCACUUGUAAUGUUUUAGUUCCCCAGCCAGAAGAUCGUAUUGGGAGCCCCCUUUGGCCGCUUGGACAUGUUCUUUUGGGCUACCCUAUGGGUAUGAGAGAGCGAUCGAUGAAUUCGGAACAAGUUAUUAUGUCAAGUAAGCCGUUUCUACCUACACUUUCCUUGACCAAAAAAUCGUGCAAAUUUUUUUUACCCCUUUUGAAAUCCGCGAAUACUGUGUAAUCAUUUAUGAAUACGAAGUAAUCCUUCAAUGCCCGAGGCUAACAAACAGAGAAUUUGUUUCAUAGACACAAAAAUAUAUUACUUUCUCGGUGUUCAAUUAACCCUAAUUCAAACAAAAAUGUUCCUGACCCUGAGGGCAUAACAGAUGUUAAAGAAUCGGGCCAUAUUAUAAGUGUGACUCUUUAUAAUUCUUUUUCCCUGCAGCCAUAUCCGUCAAGAGACGUCUUACGAGGACCCGCGUUGUCUGUCCAAUGGUCUGACUUCUGGGGCCAUGCCGCCAACCGCGCGAGUUUGUCACCUCAGCAGAAGUCCGGAUCUCGGCUUUGGCUUCGUCGCCGCGUCCGAGAAGCCGGUUGUCAUCCAAUUUGUGACACCAGGUGGGGGUUUUUUUCCUUUGUUGUUUUUGUGCUACAUUCUCUACCGCCAUUCUUGACCAUUACAAAUUACGUGGAUUCCUCAAAGAAUUCAAGUUUGUAAUUACUGCAAAGCUUGUUUUUAAUGACGACUUUGCGUAAACGUUGAAGAUCCCCUUUUCACAUUUUACAACUGGUCAGCGCAAGUUUUCUUACGAUUAAGGAACCGCAUCCGAAUUGGUUUAUGUUUUCCGAGAGUAAUGAAAAGAUGAAGAAAUGAGAAAUCACAUUUACAGGGGGAAGGCCCCCAGUGCUCAGAUUUUGAUGUAACUUGGCAAAAAAUUUAGACUUUUGAGACAUAUGCGAGAAGUACUAGGUCGCACUUUGCAGAAACAGCCGAGCAUUUUAUACUGUUUUGCGAACUUUGGUAUCAAAAGUGUGGCCUAUUUCAAAUGUGAAGCGUAAUGUUUCCACAAAAAAGCAAUUUCUUUCUGAUCAAAGCUAUGGCCAAAAAGUUUUUUUCUGACCGCUCUCUGCGUUUUGCAUACUCUCUCGGCCGCAAAAAUCAAAAAUCGUUGAAUAUGGCUCCCCUGCAAAGCGCAAAUAAAAAAUUUUUAUUAAUUGAUGUGGUUUAUGCCCGGCGUGUGUGAAAAAUUUAAAGAAACCCUUAGCGUCUUGGGGUGCUUCCCUUGUUAACCGUAAAAAAAUAAAAUAACAUUCUGAAAUAUACGAUUCAGGAGGGCCGAGUGAUGGCCGAUUGCUUCCGAACGAUCAAAUCUUACAAAUAAAUGAUCAAGAUGUCAGAUAUAGCGACAAGAAUGAGGUGGUGGAUAUGAUUAGAUCCGCUCAGGGAGUUCUCAAACUGACAGUCGCCCAAAAAGUUGUAGACUCGACGGAAAAUACAACUACUCCAAGGAAAGUUCGCUUCACAGAACGGGUUUGUGUUGCUGGUUCACCUGUCGAGGUAAGGGUACUGUAACUUCUGGUCAAUCACGAAUAAUAAGUAUUAUUGUACGUUCAAUUUCAGCUCAAUUCACUGACAAUACUGCCAAAUGUAUUCCGGGUUUAUCUAGAGAAUGGUCAGACCAAGUCUUUCAAGUACAAUUCUUUCACAACGGUUAAUGUAAGUCUUGCGCGCUUUUGAAUCAUCAUUUUUAGGAAGUCAUUCAAAUUUUCGUCGAAAAAUUAAACAUAAAGGAGCCAGAAUUAUUCGCUUUGGCCACUGAACAGCCGAUUACCUUGUCCCCGGCCAAACUUCACGUCCUUAGAAAUAGCUGCCUCAUAGAGAAAGUAAGUGCUGAUAAAUAUUAAAUUACACCUACACAGAUGAUAAACGAGUCCUCUUCUUCCCGCCUCCGUUUUCGCCUCAGGGUCGUAUUUCCAACCAGAGAUGUGAUAGCCUAUUCAGUCGAUGAUCCCACUGGAUUCGAAUACUUUUAUCACCAAUGUGUAAACGAUUUCGUUGAUGGCCGAUUCGUGGACAUGAGAUACGAAGCGUGUCUCAGGUUGGCCGCUCUUCAUAUUCGACAAGUUUGGUUCGAUUCGAAAGGGAAAAGACGGGUAGAUUUAAAUAAAAUAGAGUAAGUCACCCAAAUCAACAUGUUUUAUUAUUGAUUUAGACGUGAUUACGGCCUGGCCACGUUUCUACCUACCAUUUGGUUGGAGAAAGUGAGGAAAAAAGAAGUCCGAAAACACCUCCGAUUCUUCCUUCGAAAAGAUGACCAUGGGUUUGAUAGCCUCAAAUCUUUAUCCAAACAGAAAUCAGGUUACAAGUUCAACGAAGACAAUAAUUUAUCAAAUAUAUUGCGUAUUAAAUACGUUACCAUUCUCAGCCAUUUGCCUGGAUUUGGCGGGAAGUCUUUUAGAGUUAGCUACAAACCAACAAACAUGGAUAUGAUCAUGCAGGUAUGAUUUUACUAUAGUUUACCACCAUAUAUAACAUCAGAUUGACCCGAGUGUGGGAUUGGUGGUGAGAUAUCCCGGAAAAACGACGUUACCCGCAAUGACGAUUAAUCUGGACCUUCUGGAGUCGAUCUAUAUUUGUCCCGAAACGGACUCCACCAAGCUUUUGACUCUGAAAUUGGCACCAAAUACCAAUUCAACCCCGCGCAAUUUGGAAUUCGUGGUCGAGAAAGAAGAUUCAGAAGACUUCAGCUCUUAUAUUCUGGGAUACACAAAAGUUUUAUGCGGAAAAGAAAUCGAAUGUCAUGAGAGCGAUGUGCGCGAGAAGAAUGGGAACUCUGGUAAGGGAUGGAUAAUGGCGUCAAGUUAUCCAAUUUAGCCCCCGAAUAUCGUGGGAUUCAUUUUGUUUGCCCGGCCGGUUGGAAUUACAGCAUGGAAGCCAAUCAGAAUCAGGAACGGACCAUCAAUCUCGCCAUGGACCCGCCUGUCUACGAGCAGGCCAUGCUGUUAAGCGCGACUUAUCCAAGUCCAGAUUUGAAGUUACUUGAAAAUAAAAACUACGCGAUGAUAGGGAAAAAGGAAGAGUUAUCAACUUAUAUCGAUGAAAACUCAUCUCCCAUCGACUCAAAUUCCCGAUUAAUAUCACCAAAAGGGUCCAAUUUGAAUAUGAGACGUCCCUCUCAACAGCAGCGCCUUAAGGAACUUUUGGUCGGGACAGCCAGUUCUUUCUGGAGUCAUCGAAACAAAAAGUUUCGGGAUUCUUUGAGAGUACAUCGACAACGGUGAGGGAUCAUUUAGAACUAUUCUCGGUUCUAUUCGUCUAUUAAUUGUGUUUAAUUUCAGUCAUUCCAUUCCGAAUGGGCAACCGGCAACGGCAACAACGACUGUGUCGUUCGAAGAUCGCCGUUGGUCGGCCAUUCCUCCGCAUCCUGGGCAUCUGAAUGCGCCGUUCCGCGUUAACGAAGUCAAUAAUAUGGAGAAACCGAGGAGGAAUUCGGAAUCCCGACGGCCGUUUUCCCUCCGUCUCAUCAAAAAUGUAAGUUGUUAUGCACUUAUGAUGCCAAAAUAUUUUUUGCAUACAUCGGAAAUCGUUUACCAAUAAGCCAAUUUGUGGGGCCCCAAUCUCUCGAAUGGCCCGUGUUGUUGUUGUCGGAAGAGGCAUUCCCCGUUCAUACAAAAUCUUAUUUUUUCGCGCCUUCUAGACAAAUCGUUGUUUACGAUACCAUAAGACCUCGGCCUGUUUUUAAAAUAUGCUAAAUCUGAUCCAGAUUAUGAUGGGAGCUGUGUUUUCUCCAUGAUUUUAAAUGUUGUCGGGAGAUUUGCUAACGUCUACCGUAAUCCAGGGUUCUUUUUUUGAUGUUUAUUCGAAGCUUGUGACGGCUUCCCCGAUUCCAACUCUAAUGACAUAAAUAUGAACUGAAUUCCUUAAUAUUCGAUUGCACCCGGAUUGAAAGGUCUCCUAAUCUACUCUAAACAUCAGUAAAAUGCCGACGAAAAAUGGAUUAGGGCCAACUUAAGCCUACCCAUGAACAUUCCCAUCCAUCCCAUGAAGAUUCCUCUCAUCAUGCCUCCCGGGAAUUCUUUUUAGAAACAGUAAAAAUAGAAGCCAAUUCGAGAGGCGUUCAGCGUUUGGCCCCGACAUUAUUAAUAUUUUGGUAAAAACAUUCGGGAAAUGUUAUGUCGUUCCUUUUCUGCGUUUGUUUAUGUGACAGCCUGACCUGAUGACAUCUGUGGACAUUUGUCUUCACACACCCGGAUUUUCCUCAGAGAUUUCCUUGGCCAAGUUUCCAUUCUCUAACCCGUAUUUUAUUCCAGACUCUCCCUAUCUCCCAAGUAUUAUCUCCAUUAUCCCGCAAAUCCACCUAUCCGCAACAGAAGAAACCCCUGGAACAAGUCCGACGUGCCUUCUCGUUGGACGAGGGUGAGUUAUUUCAUUCAGAUCCGUCUGGCUUCUCACAAAGCCGUUCAGGCUUAAAAAUUAAUUUGCAUCGAAGAGCAUGUUGAACAAUAGAAAGUAACGGGCAUCCCCCAAAAAGGAAUGCGCCGUUCCAUGAGUCUGUAGCCUCAGUGUCUUGUCACCGGUCUUCGAAAUACCCAUUUGAACAACGCUUAAUGCUCUUUGACCUGACGUUAUUCGAAAUGUAUUUAAAUAUGUUCCAUGAAUGUAUUUUUUAUGAAGUUUUUCCGCUUCCAUGAAAACGCUCCUUCCUUUUUCAAUUUUCUCUAUUGCUUUUCCUUUUUCCUGUCUGUUGGUGAAAUUGCUGUGUUUUCUCUCGUGUCAUUCUGGCCGAGUGGUCUAAGGCGCUGCGUUCAGGUCGCAGUCCUCUUCGGAGGGCGCAGGUUCGAAUCCUGCGGAUGACAAUACUUCAUUUUUACGUUCAACGCCAAUUACGUAAAAUUUUAUUAUUUUGCGCAAUACAACUUUAUUUUCGUUUUUUUUUCUUGGAAACCGUAUAAAAAAAUUUGACUGUGUGUCAAUUUGUUUCUCUUUAGUCAUAGUAUUGUAGCACCUUCUAGCCGGGCUCCAUCUAUUUACCACUAAAACAUAAAAGUGGCCAAAAAUAUCCGCUCGAAUUUGCGCACGCAACUCUCUGGGGAGGACUCUGGUUGAAUGCACUGAUUCCUGUCUUUCUUUGUUUUGCCUAAGGCGCAUUACCAUCCAAAAACAUUUCAAGCCUGACAAAUAUUUUUGCAACAUAUAUAAGUUGUCGGUCAUAUGCCCUUUGAUGAUACUAUUGUCUACUGUAACACUGACUAUUCUGACUGGUGAUGGUUUUAGAACGGAAACACGUUCGAUUUGACUUUUCCUGUAAUCUCAUUCAUCAUCCGCCGCCCUCCCCCACCCCUUCCUUGGACACGCUGACUGGAGACGUUGAGGCCUCCACGCGAGCCUUUGUCACUCUUAAAGAUUUCGAUACCGAGCAAUCAUUCGAAUUCAUCUCCACGUCCAAACUCCUGCCCACUUCUCAGACAUUCCCAAUGGACAGUCGCGGGUUGAACGGAGACUUCACAGAAGACUUCGUGCCCAGGUCAUACCAACAGCCAAACAUGGGAGUCAAUCCACAGAAACCGAACAUACGGAGGAUGUCGUUAAAGGAGUUCUCGGGUCUAGAAGAAGCCACAAAACCCGAUGUUCCAAGACACAAGUAAGUGCAAAAAAUAAUGUCACAUCCGAUUACAGUUCCUCAACUCCAUAUUGUACUGACUCUCCUCUUCUCCAUCGCCUUCAUUCCAUGUCCAUCUCAUCACAGCAGUCUAAUUACUCGGCCUUCCUUGAGAAAUACAAUUACAAAAGACAUUCAUCCGUAGGAAUUGGUCGUAUUAGUAUAUCGCCUGGAGGCAUUCGCAGAGGAAGCAGAGAACAUACCUGCGAUCCCUUUGAUAAGACCAUCGAUGAGAUCAAUCUACAACUUGAUCGACUACAAGAACAUUCUACGGCAAGUCAGAGUAUGGCCCUAAAUAAUGAACCUCUCACGGAGAAUCUGAUUGAUGUUUCGGAUAUCGAGGACUCAGACGCAGUGAAUGCAGUGUAAGUAAAAUUAUAAUCUCGAAAUAAAGCAUUUCAUAUUAUUACAUAAUCAAAUUUUUUAGCUUAUAUAAGAUAAAAUCCCGGUUAUCUAAAUCCAUCGACAAGGUCCCGAAUGAAUCUCCAAAAAGGAGAUUCGAUGUCGGCGCCGAAAAGGUCUAUCUACUACAAGAACUGAUCAAAUUGUCAUCAAUGUAAGUACACAAAGUUCUACUUUUUACUCUAAUUUUAGAUGCAAAACUCUGAUCAAAGCUGUAAAUUCUGUUUUGGAACAAAAGGACAGACUGCAGGCGGUCUCGAAUGUUCUCAGAUCAACGGAUCGAGUCAUCAAUCUCUGUGAAUCCUUCCUCGGAAAAAGUAAUUCCAUCUAUCAAGCACAACUUCUUAAUGCCAAAGCAGACCAAGUACGUCUUCUCUUUGUCAACGCAUUGCUUUCAUACUAAAACUAUCUAAUAUUUGUAUUUUAGAUGCUUAAUUCCCUGAGCGACGUCUUAAAUGCCGUGUUCAAUGCCUUCGACAAGCCCCGAUUCUCGGAUGAAGCCAAACAUCUGAAUCGGAUGACCACUUCGCUGACCGCAACGCUCACUCAACUGGCUCAAACAGUCCCCCAAUUGUAA